UUGUUCUAAAAGCAUUUCCAAAUGUGAAUACUACACGUAAUUUCAUUAGUCUUAAAAAUGUCAAAGGUCAUUGGGUAAUGGCGGGUAAGAUACGAGCAAAAUGAAUGACAGGAGAAGUACGGAAGGACUUGAUGUUUGCAAGUUACGGUCGCUUGUAAGGUUGUAUAUUGAUAAGCAUCAAUAUGAAAGUGCACAUUUUUGGGCAGACAAACUUGCAUCCUUAUCAGAUGAUGAUGUUGGGGACACGUACUGGUUGGCACAGACCCUGUAUCUUACUGGUCAGUAUCACAGAGCAGCACAUUUAUUGCAGAGUAAAAAACUUAACAAGGUCAACAAGGCAUGUCAGUAUCUCACUGCAAAAUGUUAUGCAGCAGUUAGAGAGUGGGAAGAGGCCAUAAACAUCUUAGAUGCAUCAGAUAAUUCCAUUAAGACUCCUGGUAAAGUCAAAGAAGAGGAUUUGGCAUCACCAGGAGGAGUAGAUGUGCAAGAAAUUCCUCUUCAAAAUGUAGAGAGCUCAGUUUGUUUACUACGAGGCCAGGUCUAUGAAGCUAUGGAGAACAGGGUACUGGCUGCCGAGAAUUAUCGGCAAGCCUUGCAACAAGACCCUUAUUGUUAUGAAGCAUUUGAGCUCCUGGUUAAACAUCAGAUGCUCGCAGCUAAUGAAGAGAGGGCCUUGUUGGAGUCUCUUCCUUUGAAUAAAAACUGUCGGUUAGCAGAGCUAGAGGUUGUUAAAAGUGUCUAUGAAACCAUCCUCAAGAAAUAUGAUAAACCGGCUGUCACCAGUUUACUGCCUUGCUUGGAACCACUCAAAAACAACUCAGAUGUGGUGACAUGCCUAGCGGAGAGACAUUACUAUAACUGUGACUUCAGGACCUGUCAUAAAAUCACCACCGAAGUGUUGAAUAAAGAUCCAUAUCAUGAAGCAUGUCUGCCACUGCAUAUUGCCACACUGGUAGAACUUAGGAAAUCAAAUGAUUUAUUUUACCUUGCACAUAAACUGGUUGAUCUGUACCCCAGCAGACCAAUAUCGUGGUUUGCUGUAGGAUGUUACUACUACUUAGUAGGCAAGAAUGACUCAGCAAGGAGAUUCUUCAGUAAAGCCACAACACUGGACAGGUUGUAUGGUCCAGCCUGGUUAGCAUUUGGUCACUCCUUUGCUGCGGAAGGAGAGCAUGACCAGGCUAUGGCUGCUUACUUCACUGCAUCACAACUCAUGAAGGGAUGCCAUCUUCCUCUCUUGUUUGUUGGUUUGGAGUAUGGUCUCACCAAGAAUUUCAAACUGGCAGAGAAGUUCUUUGAUCAAGCCUUAGCCAUAGCUCCUAGUGAUCCAUUUGUGCUGCAUGAGAUGGGCGUGGUGGAAUUCCAUAAUGGAGACUGGGAUCAAGCUGAGCAAUACUUCAUGAAGGCUUUGGCUGUUGUACAUACCUUGGGAACCCAAGACAUACCAGAAAAAUGGGAGCCAUUGCUGAACAACCUUGGCCAUGUCUGCAGGAAAUUAAAGAAAUAUGAGCAAGCCUUGGAGUUCCAUCGUCAAGCGUUGGUUCUCUGCCCACAUAGCCCCUCAUCCUACUCAGCCAUUGGUUAUGUGUAUACACUGAUGGGAGACUUCGCUAUGGCUAUUGACUACUUCCACAAGGCGCUUGGGCUUGGUAGACGCUAUGUGUUUUCAGAAACUAUGCUAGCUAGAGCCAUUGAACUGUUCAUCUUAGAAACAUCCUCAAGUGAUGGAGCCAGUAUUGACAUGUGUGACGUGACAUCUCCUUCCGCUCCAAAGGAAGGUAUGAUGAUACCAUUGAAAGAUGACACAUCAACAAGUCUUGACAUUGAGGUGGAGAUGGAGGAUAAUGAUUGAUGAAAGGAACACAAAUUAGAACAUCUUGAAGAUUCACAUGAUCAUCCACUCACUGGAUUACUUUUGUCCCAGCAUAACAACAAACAUAGUAUGAGCUCUUAACGCAAACCUUCUUAACAAUCAGUAUGUAACCUGAGAGGUAGCCUUCAGUGGACAGUUUGAUUCAUAGUUCACUGGUUAGGUGGAGGAGUCCUAUCCAUCCUUAGGACCCAGUAUUUGUGUCCUUGGGCAGAAUUCUUCAACAUCAUGGCUUCUCUCCAGGCGUCAUGGCAACAGAGAGUCAAUUGCCAAACCCACAAUAUUCACUGUCAAAGUUUCCAUGUAUUUUCCUUAAAUUGUCACCAAGGUAUACUCAUUUUGCUUCUCGGAUACGAUGCAUCAGUGUUCUAAUGUCUGUGCUGGGGGGGCCAUGUGAGGUCAAGGGUAUAACUGAUAAUGAUUGAUAUCAGUCUAGAAUCCCUCAGGCUGUCUAGGUUAUAUGAACUCGCCAGAUAAUUAGGAUAGAUCCAAGAAUAAGCUUGUUGGUCAGUGAUAACAGUAUCAUGUUAAUUGAUUUGAUCUCUUGUAAUGGGUAUUAAUACCUGUUUGGGUUUUUUAAAUUCUCAUUUAACACCAUAAAUUGCAGUUAAUGUUGCGAUUUAUUAUUGCAUGAUUCAGUUGAUAUCUUUUUUGACACAAAAAUAUCAAUAAUCCAAAACCAAGAAAAGAUUGAUUCCCACAGAUCUUUAACAAAAAUAUAAAUAUUUAUUUCCAGUAAGCUGAUAAACUUAAUUUUUUUACCAGGACAUGAAAUUUAUCACAAGCAUUCAUAGAAUGAUAAAUACACAGAUACAGUGAAACAAUAAGUCUGAUUUAUUUCAUAUUAACUUUUUCAGUGUUCUCCUUCAUUAGUUGGUUCAGAUUGAAACAUACUUAUGAUGAAUAUGAAAGAAAUUGAGUUUUUAAAUGGUCCUUUGAUCUAUGUAUGGAGAGUCUGUCUUUUGAAGUGUUAGUGUCAAUUGAGGGCUUGAUCUUCCAGCAUGUGACAAAACAGAAAAGGGCAAGAAAUGUUACUGUCUGCACCCUAGUAGAUGAUAUGAGAGAUGAUCCAUAUCAUAUGGGAUGAUAUGGAUGGCAAAGUGACUCUUGUUUUUUUAUGAGAAUGAGGAACAUCUCAUAGAUACAAAAAAUGCCGUUUUUUGCCAUUGAAUUUUUUUGUGGUUGUAAAUAUUCAUUACAAACUGCCAUUCCAGUAAAAUACUUGAAAUGUAACAAUUACAAUGUAAAUCCACACAUUUUAUCCCGAAGGCAGGGAGCGACAAAUAUCACAAAACGUGCAUGUAUACUCAUUUCACAUAGCAAUUUAGCAAAAAAGUCUCCUUUAUAUUUAAAAAUCUGCCUGUUGGAAGGUUCAUAGUAUGGAAAGACCAGAAAAACAAAUUCACUUGUAACAUGGAACAAAUCCUUCUGGUUUUCGGUUAUAGAUGUGUUUUGUGGGUGCAUUUGGGUAUAUUAACGUCUAGUAAUGAAGGCUGGUUCCAUAUUUGUCACUGAUUACGGAAUUGUAUGGGAUUUUGUGUGUUAUUUAGAAGUGUCUUUUCAUCUCUGUUGUGCACCUCAUGUUACAUUUACUUACCUUGUCCUGACAAAUGACUAAUAUUUCAGGAAAGUCCGUAAACGGUAAUGCCCAAAUUGCACUUUAUUCUGGGAUAACCAGAACCUUCUGACGUGGAAUAUUUGAACGGAAAUCUAAAUAGGACCAGAAUAUCUCUGGGGUGAUGAGCAUAAGGUAUUCAAACCUUAUGACAAAAUCAGGGUACCCGCAGGAAACAUGGAUGUUGCCGACGAUUUCGAAAGUUCCUUGCAGGGUGUAUUUACACAUGCAUGUACUCUGAAUCAAGUUCCUUUUUCGAUUAAACUGUCCUUUACAACAAUUGCUAGGUUCCACAAUAUUGCACCGAAUUCUCGGAUUGUUUAGUUUUCUUUGAUUUCUGCUUGUUUUUUUUCAUGGGGUGGCAAUAUUGUACCACCCCCCAACCCCCAGGUUUAUGGUGGUUACUAAAAUGAAUGAGAUGGGCUACCUCAGACAUUUGAAUCCGCAGGGGAACCUUGAAUAAGACCAAGGCUCACAUAAAGUUA